AUGGGUUCUGGAAGCAGUGCGCCAGCUCCACCACGAGCUUCCCAUGAUCUAGGCAAACCAGCCGCUGGCGGUGGUGGCGGUGCUGAUGAAAAUGCUGCUGACCAGCAAAAAGUCGAUGCGCGUUUGCCAUACGCAAAUUUCCGGGAAUUAUUCACUUUAAAGAAUUACUGGAAGACAGUGAGGCGAAACGAGCGUGACUGCGCCAAAACUAUGCUCGCUAACUCGACUAGGAAAUUUGCUCGAAUUUACUUCUUAUUUAGCACCAUUUCCGUCAUCUGA